AGUGGAGGCUGGGGGAGGAAUACUGAACAGAAAAGCUUUGGCACAGCUGCAAUUCAUACUUUGUGCGGUGCACGUGAUGGUCGUUCAUUCGAAGCACCGUUACUCUUAAAGGAUUCGCCUCCUUCCUCUCAAUUAACCCAAUUUUUUCAGGUCUGCACUCUUCAUUCUUCAACCAUCAUCAUCAUCUUAUUUAUUUCAUCACUGCAUUUCCAGCCCCAAUUUCCUCCCCAAACUCCGCACCACUGAUCCGUGCACGUCACGUUCCCCAUUCACCAUGGCUCCUCCUGUUUCCUCCUCUGAGCGCGUGGACUUGGCCAGGCUCUGCGCCUCCAAGGACUGGUCCAAGGCCAUUCGAAUCCUUGAUUCCCUCAUUUCUCACUCCGCCACAGUCCAAGACCUAUGCAACCGCGCCUUCUGUUACAGCAAAUUGGAGCUUCACAAGCACGUCAUCAAGGAUUGCGAUAGAGCACUUCAGCUUGACCCCUCGCUACUUCGAGCUUACAUUCUCAAAGGUUCUGCACUCUGUGUGUUGGGAAGGAAAGAAAAUGCUCUAUUGGUGUGGGAGCAGGGCUAUGAACAUGCUCUGCAUCAGUCUGCUGACUUGAAACAGAUGCUAGAACUUGAAGAGCUUAUAACAACAGCAAGACAAGAAAACAAUGCACUGUGUGAAAGUGAAACACACGGGCAAUUCAUGCUGCAAACCAAAUCCAGUUCUCCAAUUGAUGGGAACUCAAGUGAAGCUUUUAAGAUCCAGGAUACGUUGGGCACUAUGGCUGAAUUAUGCAACAAUGCUACUAGUGAUAGAUCUGAGAUAUGUCUGAAGUCUGCUGAUAGUUUCAACUUAAAAAGUGAAUCACAUGAUGAAGAUAGAGAGUGUAAUAAAUGCGAUGGCCAAGUGAAUGGAAGCCCUGAUGUUCUUGAUACACUUAGUUAUAAUUCUGAAUCAUGUAAUGACUCUAGUGAUGCUUCAGAAUCAAGUGAAAAAGUAUCUACCAAAAGUGGUGACUCAGUUAAUGUCACUGAAAUUUUUAGAAACCCAAUUAGUAAGUUUAUGUUUUCUGAUGAAAGAAAAGGUGAAGCAAGGAAAAAUAAGAAGUUUUGCGUUGCUCGGAUUUCAAAUACAAAUUCCAUCAGUGUAGAUUUUCGACUCUCAAGGGGUAUAGCAGAGGUUAAUGAAGGAAAAUAUGCAAAUGCAAUAUCCAUUUUUGACCAGAUACUGAAAAAGGACCCUGCUUAUCCUGAGGCACUAAUAGGAAGAGGUACUGCAUAUGCAUUCCAGAGGGAACUUGAUGCUGCUAUAGUUGAUUUUACAAAGGCUAUACAAUUCAAUCCAUCGGCUGGUGAGGCAUGGAAAAGGAGAGGUCAGGCCAGGGCAGCCUUGGGAGAGUUUGUUGAGGCUAUUGAAGACUUGACCAAGGCGUUAGAGUUUGAACCUGAUACAGCAGAUAUUCUACAUGAAAGAGGAAUUGUAAAUUUCAAAUUUAAAGAGUUUGAUGCAGCUGUUGAAGACCUUUCAGCUUGUGUGAAGCUAGAUAAGGAUAAUACAUCUGCCUACACAUACUUGGGUUUAGCAUUAUCUUCAAUUGGCGAAUAUAAGAAAGCUGAGGAAGCUCAUCUUAAGUCACUUCAACUCGACAAAAAUUUCCUUGAAGCAUGGGCUCAUCUGACUCAGUUCUAUCAAGAUUUAGCAAUGCCAACCAAAGCUCAGGAAUGUCUAAGUAAUAUGCUACAAAUUGAUGUGAGGUUUGCAAGAGCUUACCAUUUGCGUGGCCUUCUAUUCCAUGCAAUGGGUGAACACAGGAAGGCUAUCAAGGAUUUGACAAUGGGGUUGAGCAUUGAUGGCAGCAAUGUCGAAUGUUUGUAUUUACGAGGUUCCUGCUACCAUGCUGUUGGACAAUUCAAAGAAGCUGUCAAGGAUUAUGAUGCUGCGUUGGAUUUGGAACUGGAUUCAAUGGACAAGUUUGUGCUCCAGUGCCUUGCCUUUUAUCAGAAAGAGAUUGCGCUGUACACAGCCUCAAAAUUUAAUAGUGAUUUUUGCUGGUUUGAUAUUGAUGGGGACAUUGAUGCACUUUUUAAGGAAUACUGGUGCAAGAAAUUGCACCCAAAGAAUGUAUGUGAAAAAGUUUUUAGGCAACCUCCUUUACGCGAGUCUUUAAGAAAGGGAAAGCUUAAAAAGCAAGAGUUUACCAUUACCAAGCAGAGGGCUGCUCUUCUACUUGCUUCAGAUUCCAUUGGCAUGAAAAUCCAGUAUGCUUGUCCGGGAUUUCUUCCUAAUACACGUCAGCAUCGUAUGGCUGGACUUGCUGCCAUUGAAAUUGCACAAAAGGUCUCCAAAGCUUGGCGUUCCCUGCGUGCUGAAUGGAAAUACUCAAAUAAAGGAAACUCAAAGAAUGGGAAAAGGGCCAGGAGAAGGGAAAGAAUUAACAUGACCAGUCAAAAUAGAGGAGGUGCUGGUUGUAGUACAAGCAGUACCUCAUUAACAUCUUCAAAUGGAAUUGUAGAUGAAAGAUCAUCCAGCCGAAAAUUGUCAUGGCACGAUGUUUACUCAUUAGCUGUUAGGUGGAGACAGAUUUCUGAGCCUUGUGACCCUGUUGUAUGGGUGAACAAGUUAAGGUUGCUAUCACCCAUCAUCAUCGUUGGUCGCUGUCAUGUUGGUGGUUUGUUUUAUGGAUCUUCCUCCGUUGCCUUCCUACUGCGGUGGCUGGUAAGUGACGAGUUUGCUGCUGGAUUUGGUUCUCACACGCCCAUGAUUCUUGGGCAAGCCAAAGUUGUCCGUUACUUCCCCAAUUAUGAAAGAACAUUAGAAAUUGCAAAGACUGUGAUUAAAGAGAGAACAUAUGUCCGAAGCAAAACAGAUAAGAUCAUUCAUCUUUCCGAAGCUGGGAAAUUAGAAGAGAUUAUGCAUGCAAAAUCAUGCUCUGAUCUUUACAGAGUUGUUGGUGAGGAUUUUUGGUUGGCUACCUGGUGCAACAGUACUGCAGUUGAAGGGAAGCAGCUUGAAGGGACUAGGAUAACCGUUGUAAAAAUGGGGGAGCACGGUUUCGACUUUGCAAUCAGAACACCUAGUACACCUGCUAGAUGGGAAGAUUUUGACGAAGAAAUGGCAGUGGCAUGGGAUACUAUCUGCAAAGCUUACUGUGGUGAAAAUUACGGGUCUACUGAUUUCGACAUGCUUGAAAACGUGCGAGAUGCAAUUUUAAGAAUGACAUAUUACUGGUAUAACUUCAUGCCACUGUCUAGGGGAUCUGCUGCAGUUGGAUUUAUCGUUAUGCUGGGCUUGUUACUUGCUGCGAACAUGGAGUUCACGGGAAGCAUCCCACAGGGUUUACAGGUUGAUUGGGAAGCCAUUCUGAACUUAGAUCCAAACUCGUUUGUGGAUUCGGUUAAAACGUGGCUGUACCCAUCUCUGAAGGUGACAACCUCAUGGAAAGAUUAUCAUGAUGUUGCGUCAACGUUUGCAACAACAGGGUCGGUUAUCUCUGCUUUGAGCUUUUCUUCUGAUGAUUGAACUCCUGUAAUUAUGAUGUCCAUGAGAGUUAAUUGCAUAUUAACUUUGACGUAUUAGUUACAUUGUAAUCAUAUGUUAAAGAUUAUACAAUAAAGUUAUCAUGUCAUUGGAUGAAAAAUAACCUCUUCUCACUA